GCCGCGGAGGGAUCCCGUCCGCAGAGGAGAGCCGGAUCCCGGCGCGGGGGGGUGCUCGCCGCCAUUUCCGCCCGGCGGCGCAGAGGCGCCCCGCAGGCCGCCGCCAUGCCCAUGAAAGGCCGGUUCCCUAUCAGGCGGACGCUGCAGUAUCUCAACCAGGGCGACGUCAUCUUCAAGAGCUCGGUGAAGGUGAUGACGGUGAACUACAACACGGCGGGGGAGCUGAGCGAGGGCGCGAGAAAGUUUGUGUUUUUCAACAUCCCCCAGAUCCAGUACAAGAACCCCUGGGUGCAGAUCAUGCUGUUCAGGAACAUGACCCCCUCGCCUUUCCUCCGCUUCUACCUGGACAAUGGAGAACAAGUUUUGGUUGAUGUGGAAGAUAAAACCAACAAAGAGAUAACCGAGCACAUUAAAAAAAUCUUGGGGAAAAGCAAAGAAACGCUUGAAAAAGAGGAAAGAGAAAGGAAAAAACUUUCACAUCCAGCAACUUUUGGGCCUAAGAAGUAUCACCUGCGAGAAUGCAUGUGUGAAAUUGAAGGCCAAGUUCCCUGCCCCGCUUUUGUGCCGCUGCCCAAAGAGAUGAGGGGAAAAUAUAAAACUGCUAUGAAGAAGGAGGCAUCAUCCUGAGAUCUCACACCCUGCAGCUGUUUUUCCCGCAGGGCUUGGAUGAUCAAGGUAUUUCAGUGAAAGAUGAGAGCCAACAGCUCCUGAACACAGGAACAAGCAAGUUCAUGUAACAUAGAAAACUUUGUCUCAGAAAUUAUUCCAGCUGUAAGAAGACUUCAGUGAAAAGUAAAUAAAAGUUAAAACAAGCUUUUUGAGUGCCAGAUUUACAAAGUUUGAAGGAAAAACAGAAGGGAAAUAAAAUGACUAGAGCCCUGUUUUCCUACUCAUGCCUGCACGUAAAGGUUGUGGCAAAAACAAGAUGGUGAUUGCUUUGAGACAGACUAGACCUGAUAGUUAAUUAUCUUAGAAGCAGCACAGAACUCCACAAUUUGUAGGAAGUGGCAUAAAGGUGUUCCUGCUGAUUUCCAUUUUGUACUCACUGAAGACAGCCAAACAAUAAUGUAACUAUAUGCCAAAUUUUCUGAAUCUAGUUAUCACUCAAACUAUUAGAAGUCUCAUGUACAAGAUACAACUUUUGCAGUUGAUAGUGCAGCUCUGAGAAGCACUGACCAAGUGAAGAAUAUUAGCAGUAAAGGAGAACGUGUACGUUGGUGUUUGAAA